UUUGCAAAAUCUUUAGUCAUUGCCACAAGUGAAACUGUAGCUCAAAUUCAAUGGCAAAUUCUUCAACGCGGACACCGUAAAUUAUAUAAAAUCGCCAAAUCUCAUACAAAAACACCACCAAUCUAUUCACGCCAAGAAUCCACCCACGCUUCACCUUCAAAAACCUCAACAACAUAGUACAUUUUAUUCUCAAAUCUUUUGCUUUUCAAUUCCAACACCAAUCAUUUGGUUCCAGUUCUUUUUCUUGAAAACUUGCAGCACCAAACCCAUUUUGUCACCAGGUGUUUCUUCUUUUCUUUUCGUUUACUUAAUUUUCAGAUCUGAUUCUAUCAUUUUGCCUGUUGAUGGGCUAUCUGCGAUUUUCAUUUUCAGUUACACAGUUUUAGUUUUAAUUCAAAUCUGAUUUUGCAAAGAAAUUGAUAAAAUGGAAGUGUCUGGUGGGAUUUCUCCUGGAGGGAAUUUGGAUUUGGAUUUGGAUCGGAUACAAAAGGGGGAAACUGAGGAUACCCAAUUAAAGAAUUUUGAGUUGGAAUUGGCUGAAAAUGAUAAUAGGCAUAAUCACCAGUUCCGUUCAAUGAAUGCAUUAGAGAUCUUAAGAGAAACGGUGAGGAUUCUUCGAUUCAAUUCCUCUUCAUUUAUGAUUAUUGCUGCCUUGCUUAUUUGUCCAGUUUCUGCCAUUGUUUUAUCAAAUGUAUUUGUUGAUCAGUCUGUAGUGAAAAGACUGACUAUUAGGCUUAUGUUGGUUGCAAAACAUAGUGGACUCCCAUUGAGGCCUUUUCUCAAACAGUCUAGUUACCGUUUCUCCGAAAUGGUUGUUUCUUCAGCAAUGUGCUUCCCUUUGUUCUUCACAUUGUCUCUGUUAUCCAAAGCUGCAGUAGUUUACUCUGUUGAUUGCACUUAUGCCAAGAAAAAAGUACAGUUUUCCAAGUUUUACGUGAUAAUGAGAAAAAUUUGGAGAAAGGUUGUUUCGACGUACUUGUGGGCUUGUAUGAUGAUAGUUGGUUGUGUUACACUAUUCUGUGUUCUUCUCUUAGCUAUCUGUAGUUCCCUUUUUGUAAUUGGGUUUUUGCCUGAGUUAAAUUUGUAUGCUGCAAUGAUGGUGGGGCUAGUGUUCUCUGUGGUUUUUGCCAAUGCAAUUAUUAUUUGCAAUGUUGGCAUCGUGAUAUCUGUAUUGGAGGAUGUUUCAGGGCCGCAGGCUUUGCUUCAUUCCAGUAUUUUGAUUAGGGGACAGACGCAAGUUGGUCUCCUUAUAUAUCUCGGGUCGACAAUUGGUAUGGCUUUUGUGGAAGGGUUGUUUGAGCAUAGAGUUAAGACAUUGAGUUAUGGAGAUGGAUCUUCAAGGAUUUGGGAAGGUCCACUUCUGGUGAUUAUGUAUUCAUUUGUGGUGCUUAUUGAUACGAUGAUGAGUGCAGUUUUCUACUUCAGUUGUAGAUCCUAUAGGCUGGAAAACUCUGAUGCUGAGUCUCAGUCAAUUUUAGAAACAAUCACUAUUUCUUCUGAUUCUAUGGAUACUCAAUGACAUGCCCUUGUAAAUUGAUUAUUGUGCUAAAGCUUUCUUGAAUUUUUGAUGGGAUGGGAGCUGCAAUGAGAAAGCUGGCAUUUGUUGCUAGUUGCAUCAUCUUACUAUUGACGAGCGCAUUUAUGAAACUCCAUUAGCCAUUUGCCGUCAGUGGCCUAUGGAUGUUUAUAACAUCAGGUUACUAUCCGGUCUUUAAUGGAAAUGCCAAAAAAUGCGAAAGGUCAUAUUUCUAGGAUAUGCAGAAGAAGAAAUGAAAAGGAGAAGAUAUAUGAUGUUUGAUAGAAUUCAUUUAAAUGGCAGUAUUCCUUAAAGGUAAACUUUAAACGUUAAAAGUUACUUUUGUAUUGUUAUCAAGGGAAGUUCAGUUCCCCCAGCUUUUUAUACUUUUGUCCUUUUAAUAGCGUCCAAUGUCUUUGGAAUAAUGUAGUAAAAAAUAGGUUGUUGGGAUGUAAGUAGUGCUAGGCAUGAUACAUUGUAUUAAGAGAUAUCGACAAUAAGUCCAUAAAAAUUCUUUGCAUUAAUGUGUAAAUUGAAAUUUGCUUAAUUGUAUCACCAGAUUUACGCUGUCUAUCUUGUAUUCCAGAAACGGACAUGUUAUUUUGUCUUGAAUGGAUAUUAAAAUUUAUCAGA